CCGCCGUUUUCUUGCUCGGUCAUAUCUUCUCAACAACAUCGUCACUUUAGACUACAGUUCUAGAGACAUCCAAUUCACUCACUCUUUUCAUGAAACUGGAGUAGACUCCAAUAAGGAUCUUACUGAGUCAUAAAAAUACGCAAUAAUCCACUACAGACCGUCAUCAUGGCUUCCUCCGAUACCCCAGCUCUCAAGAACGAUCCCAAGUUCAUCUUCUUUACCGACUUUGACGGAACAGUCACCACCGCCGAUUCUAAUGACUACAUGACCGACAACCUUGGCUUCGGCGUUGAACGCCGUCGCCAACUUAACAAGGACGUUCUUUAUGGAAACAUGCAUUUCCGCGACAGCUUCGUUGAGAUGCUGGACAGCGUCAAGACCCCUUUCGACGAGUGCAUCCAGAUUCUUCUCAAGAACAUUAAGCUUGACCCUGGCUUCAAGGAGUUCUACGACUGGGCUCAGGAGAACAAUGUCCCCAUUGUCAUUCUCAGUGGCGGCAUGACCCCUGUCAUUCGAGCUCUACUGGACACUCUUCUGGGUCCUGGUUGGGAUAUUCAGAUUGUCAGCAACGAUGUGAAGGCUCGAGAGGGUAAGACUCUUAAGGAUGAGGGAGGCUGGCAAAUCGAGUUCCAUGAUGACAGUAUUCAUGGCCAUGACAAGUCUAUCGAGAUCCGAAAGUACUCUUCGCUUCCUAACCGACCUACCAUGUUCUACGCUGGUGAUGGUGUCUCUGAUCUCUCAGCCGCUAAGGAGACCGAUCUGCUGUUUGCCAAGGCCGACAAGGACCUUGUUACCUGGUGUGAGAACGAGAACGUUCCCUUCGUCACAUUCCGUGACUGGUCUAGCAUCACUCAGACUGUCAAGGACAUUGCGGCUGGUACCGUCUCUGUCAAGGAUGCUGCCCGUGGCCGUAUCUAAUCUGGUAUGAAUUAAUGACAUGAAAAGGGAGAAUAGGAAAUGGUAUCCAUGGCCAUUCAAAACAUAAAGGAUAGACUGGGUGCGAGCCAUCUACGGAGAUCACAUAGAUUCAUUAUAGAUUUGUGAAUAGACUUGGUCAGCC